GUCAAUUACAAUAAUUCUUCAGGACAUUGCUAUGGUUACCAAACAGUGCUCCAGGCUGGACAUUCCAGAAGAGGACAAGGAGGAACCAAGAUGGCCUUCUUCAACUUAUAUCUAUUGGGAUAUCAACAUCCCUUUCGGAACAAAAAAAGAGACAUAACUGAAGAAACAAACCAGAGGGAAUCAGUGUCCACUAGGCUUCCCCCCAUUAUCUCAGAAGAUGGGAAUUAUUUCCUGCACCAGAAUAGUCACAUGAGAUACAAUGAAGCUGUACGGAAGGUGUUGCUAAAAACAUUCCCCAAUCAGGUCUUCAGAGUCCCUCUGACUGAUGCUCAGAACUUCAGCUUCUGGCGGUCUCAUGAUCCAGGAGUACGUCCGGAGAAAACCAUGCCAUGGAUCUGGAGCCCACGCCACUGUCUCAUUAAAAGCCCAAUGACCAGGUUUAUGGAUCACUCCAUUCUUAACGACAGAAACUUCAGUCUAUAUUGAGGAGGAUAUGAUUGUAUAAGGACAAACAAGAUGGAUUGUGAAAGAAGUACAAGGAGUGGGAAAGAGGGAGAAGUAUCCCAGUUCUGAUGACUUUGACUAAUGGGAAGAGGGGAAUCAAGAAAGCAGAGUAAACAGAUUGGACUAGAA